CAGCUGUCAAACUUAUUUAUGUUUUAAUUCAACCGUCUUGUGUCGUGUUGUUAAUUUACUUAAAUAAAUAAAUAAUUUUAGCCAUGGUGGAUCCAAAUUUCAUCGAAGUUAACGAGAUCGUGGGCUAUUGGACAUAUUUAGCAAGCAUUGACUGGAAGGACCCGUGGUUAAUUGGGCUUAUACUAUUGCAUGUUCUGACAACGGUGACUACUUUGAUGACAAGGAACAGCACUAAUUUCCAAAUGUUUCUUUUUCUAAUACUGUUAUCGGCUGCCUACUGCUCAGAAAGCAUCAAUGAAUUUGCGGCAGCGAGAUGGAAGAGCUUCUCAAAACAACAGUACUUCGAUAGUAAAGGUCUAUUCAUUUCAACAGUGUUUUCAAUACCUAUUUUGUUGAAUUGUAUGCUAUUAGUGGGUGCUUGGAUGUACAACUCCUUUCAGAUAAUGGUCAAGUUAAAAAGAGCACAGUUAUUGCAGAGAGUUAAGCAAGAGCAAGAGCAAGAGUUGCAAAAGGAAGAGACUACCAACGCAGAGCACAUCAAAUCCGAGUGAUUUGAGUAUUAUUCUUCAGUUGACAAAGUUUUUUGUCGCAAUCUAUUUAAUAGGCCAUUUUAAAAUAUUUUUUAAUUUCGAUAUGAAAUAAUGGUAGAAGGUUCAAUAUUCUACGGUCAUAGCAGUAGAGAUUUAUUAUAAGUGCAUGCAUAUGUAAAUUGAAUUAGUUUAGUUUUAUGUGCUUAAAACUUCAAUAAAUGUAAAAUGAUAGCGUUACAAACAUUUUUAUUACAAAGAUGGAAAGUCUUCCCAAUGAUGUUGAUGAGGCUCCCCAUGUGAAUACAAAUUUUCAAAUCACAGAAAGUAAGUUAAUGACGUUCCCACGACAGUCGGUUCUACGAACAACCCGGAUUUAUAUCUGGCCAAGGACUAUCACUUCAGCAGCAUUUCUGCUACAACAUGGGACGUUCUCUUUUAAUUUCCUUUAAAAGAGAUGGAGAAAUUUAUGGUUUUGAAAUUUAUAAAUGAAGUGGGAAAAAUGAACUUGGUUCACUUUAAGGUGCAUACAAGUAUAACAAUAACCAUGGAACUUUAAAUACCCGUACACAUUUUAGUGGCAAAUUAUUUAAUUUGAUUGACUUAAUUUUGGUAUAAAACAAAGUCAGACAAUGAGAGUUAUAGCGUGUUACAACAGUUACAUCAUGAGAGUUAAGGCGCUUGUUAGUAUUAAGAUAUAAAACAUAGUCGUGGUUUUUUUGCGAUCUUAAUUUUUAUUUUUAUUUUAUCCAAAUGAGAUGGGAAGCAAUAUGUGUAGCAAGCUUGGUCGUGUUUCAUUAAACCGUUAUCGAAAUACACGCAUUUACCCAAAAAUGAA